AUGAUUCCUUCUGGGCAUCGUGAAGCCAUCGCGCUCAAAAAUCCUUCGUCAUCACCACUAACGCUAUGGUUAAACGGAGGUCCUGGUUGUUCCUCAAUGGAUGGACUGUUCGAAGAAAUUGGACCCUGUUACACAAACAACGAUGGAUCGAAUACUUUGACGAACUCGAAUAGCUGGAUUUCCAUUUCUAAUUUGCUAUUUGUUGACCAGCCAGUUGGUACAGGAUUCUCUUAUACUACCGGAAACUAUACUGUCGGCAGUACCGAACAGUCAACAGCAGAUCUCUACACAUUCUUGCAAUUAUUCUUUCAAAGAUUUCCGGAAUAUUCAAAGCUCGAUUUUCAUGUCUUUGGAGAAUCUUAUGCAGGACAUUACAUUCCAGCGAUCGCGAAAAAAAUAGUUGACAACAAUGCUCUGAUCAAUUCGAACAAGUCACAAGGUAUAACCAUCAAUUUAAAAUCCAUCGGUAUGGGAAAUGCAAUUGACGGGCAGCUGUUAAGUAAUUCACAAAUUCAAGAAAUGAGGGGUGAACUAGCUAGUUGCGAAGGAGCAUUAACUUUGUGCAACCAGACAAAUUCCACAAGUGAUUGCUCUAACGCUGAAACAAUUUGCCUUAAUUAUGAAAGUUACUUUGAUGCAACGGGCAAAAGCUAUUAUGACAUACGUGCUCCCAGCAGCACUACGAAUGAUUUACUAAAUCCUCCAUUCUGA